CCCAGUCUUCCCCCUCGGCGCCUUCGUUCGAAUCAAAAUUUUCUAAUCCGAUCAUCGUCACCGGCGGCGGCGGCGGCGGCGGCGGCGGAUAGUAAACGGUGACAGGUCAGAGUUGGAGAUUUAAAUAAUAAAGACGCGUCUCUCUCGAAAAAUUUCAAUCAGAUUCAAAUGAGAUCUUAGCUCCUUUUACGUGACCACCGUAAUACAAUGAUCCUUUCUCAAACAAUUCAAUGACGAUAUAACCUCAAGGGUGGGGGCGGUAACAAACGUCACUCGAUUUCGGGUGUUGUUGAUGGUCGACGUCGACGGUUGUCAGGAGAAUCAGUUGCUAUACGUACAACAGCAGUCGAAAGGAAAGAGGGAAACGGUGUUUAAUCAUGGCAAGUAACUGUCAAAUGCAUUUGAGAUUCGUUUCAUCCUCAUACAAAAUAGAGCUGGUAAAACGAGAUUAGCCAAGUGGUACAUGAAUUUUGACGAUGAUGAGAAACAAAAAUUGAUAGAGGAAGUUCACGCGGUGGUGACUGUCCGGGAUGCUAAGCAUACGAACUUUGUCGAAUUUCGUAACUUCAAGAUCGUGUACAGAAGAUACGCUGGUCUAUAUUUCUGCAUUUGCGUCGACGUGAACGACAAUAAUCUCUGCUACUUGGAAGCGAUACAUAAUUUCGUCGAGGUGUUGAACGAAUACUUUCACAACGUGUGCGAGUUGGACCUCGUGUUCAAUUUUUAUAAGGUGUACACCGUUGUGGACGAGAUGUUUUUAGCAGGUGAAAUAAGGGAGACCAGUCAGACGAAAGUAUUAAAGCAACUCUUGAUGUUGAACUCGUUAGAAUGAAUCCGUUAUUUAAUUCAAGUGUAUGGUACGAAGAGAUGUUGUAUUCCAACGAAAUUCCUCUCUGCCGAUGAUGAUCAUGUAUCGUAUUGUUGCAAUGUUUUGCAAAAAUGGUGUCUCUCCUGUAAUAUAUAUAUAUAUAUAUACAUAUAUAUCUUUACGUCUCCCAAUUAUUUUUUAAUAUAUUUACGAUUCGUUUGCCUGUGUAUGCACAGUUUUAUUAUGUCGAGUAAAGUCGAUUGAUUAUUGUCAUUAUUCUAAAGGUGGGAAGCAAGUCGAAUAAACGUAUAAGCGUUUUUAAA